GCACUUUAUUGAUUACCAGAAGGGCAAAAUUUGUAAAUUUUAUUGUGUCUUCUUCGAUCUUAGAUGGUGUUUAGGUUUCAAAAAAAUUCGAGGUCUUUCAGGUCUCCGGCAAAGUUUUUGCUAGCCGUUUUUGUGACUUUCAAGUUAAAUGGUUGCUACAACAACCGCCUCGGAUUGGUGCGUGAAAUGAGAAAUCUCAAAAGUGUUGUUCAUUUAAUCCGCCGAUUUAAAUGUUUGCACAUGUGAAGUACAAAAUCACCAAAAGCACAAAAUCCCUUUCAUCGAUGAUAAACGACACAAAAGAAUGAUUAGCUUUCAGCAGACAUGUUUCUCCACGCUGGAAGACACCUGAACCGCGGCCUUAAACUUUUGAUAAACCAUGGCGAAAAGACUCCAGAAUCACUUGAAAGACUUGUUGCAGAGAUGCACGAUGACAAAGAAUUAUGUUGCUACCAAUUACUCAAUCAUCCUGGAUCAGAAGAUAUAUUAUGGGGAAUUAUCAGACUACUUGCUAGCAAAGACUCAAGUGUUGCAGGUCAUGCAGCAUAUGUUAUUGGUAGCCUCUGUGAUAUGGAGGUAGGAAGGAGAAGAAUUCUAGAAAUCAUAGUCACCUACAAGGAUGAAGGAUUUGAUGUGCUGUCAAACCUGACCAAAAUUUUGUACUGCAGAGAUAAUGAAAGUGUCAUGAAUGCAUCAGGAACAAUAGGAACAUUGGCUGAAACAAUUGAGGGAAGAUCAUGGAUGCUGAGAAAAGGGACACUUGAUGAAACUUUGACAAGAAUUUCGGUACUACUGGCAAAUGAUGACAUUUGGACUGCUAGCAAUGCAGCUCUCAUUAUAGCCAGGUUAACCAUUGAAGAAGAGGGCUGUGCACGAAUUUUGAAUAGACGAGAUACAAGAAAAUUGUUGGUACAACUUGUAAACUGCCUUGGAACCGACGAAGCAGGUCGAGGUAUGAAUGCAGCUUUUGCAAUAGGCAGGCUUUGCGACAUGGAAUCUGGCAGAAGACAUAUGCUGAUGUUAAAAAAAUCAGAUCAAAUGAUGAGAAAAUUAACGGAGAUGCUUGGCUCGGAAGACGGUGGCUGCAACAAAAAUGCCUGUUUUGCAUUGAGUUGCAUUGCUGGUAGCACCGACGGGAUAUCAAAGCUGCUUACACAUGAAGUAAGGGAGGAGAUGCUGCAAAGGUUGGCCACCUUGUUGUCAACUGAGGAUGACGAAACUGCUUGGUUUGCUGCUAUGACGCUUCGUACAAUAUCCAGCAAAAAACAAGGAUGCCUGGCUCUUCGUGAUCAUAAAAUUGUCAAAGAUGCUUUGAAGGAAAGGACCAAAGCGUUUGGAGUGAAGGAUGAUAUCAAGGAAGAAGUCGCUGUUACUCUGGAAAUACUAAAACAUUUGAGCAAGCCGGAAAGACCAGUCGUAAAGAUUGAAAGUUCUACAACUGCUAAUGUGCAAUGGAUCGCGGUAAACCCCAAGAGUGGCCUCGAAGUCACGUAUACUUUAUAUAUUGCUGCACAAGAGGAGAAAAUUGCAUAUUCUGGCUUGGAGACGUCAUUUGAGCUGCAGGGCUUGAAGCCCACAAAGAUGUACUCUUGUCGACUGCAAACAUCAACGGAAGGUGAUCGAAGUCCUAUCAGCGAUGCUGCCACAUUUGCAAUGCCAGAAUCAGUCCCAAGUGCACCGCAGAAUGCAAGAGUCUUAGGAAGGACGACAACACAACUUAAACUUGGAUGGGAUCCUCCUGAGUCACCCAAUGGACUUGUGAAAGGGUACCACAUUUAUCAACAAGGAAGAAACGGAUUCACAGAAACACGUGACACGUCCAACGUAUUUAUCAAUCUUAUUCCAGGAACUGAAUAUAUUUUCGAGGUGUAUGCUCUCACGUCAGCAGGGCGCGGGGAUAAAGCUGAUAUCAGAUGUGCAACUGUUGAUCUUCGUGAGCACGCCCCACCGCGUCCAACUCUCCAUUCAUUAGGCCGCAACGAAAUAUUGGUGCAGUGGAAUCCUCCUGAAGAGCCUCUUGGAAGAAUAAAUUUUUAUGAAGUUAAACAAGACGGAGAGGUGAUAUACUCGGGCAUCGAAAGAAAUUGCACAUCCAGAAGGCUAAAGCCAAACACGGAAUACUCAUUUACAGUAGCUGCCUGGACCAAUGAAGGAAAGUGUGAAAGCGAGCCGGCCAAAAAGAAGACAGCAAAAGACAAAAACAAUUUUCCAAGAGAGCCAUUAUACCCUUACGAAAAGCGCUCGAAGAAUGUGAAAACAAAGCAAGAAAAAGUUACGACUGCACCAAGACAUUCAGCCAACAGCGCCAAGCAACGGGCAAAGUCCGUGGCAUAUUCAAGACCAACAAAGAUGUUCUUUGAACCAGAAACGCGACCAAAAACUUCAGUGCAGCCCAACAAAAGCCAACAGCCAAAACAACGAGCUUCAGUUGCUUAUGUGCCAGGGUACCCUCCUACAUACCAAGACAUCCUGAGAGAGGGACCAAGAAAUGAAGUGAGACGCAGGCAUUUUUCAACUGGUACCACCCAAAAUGGAGAGAAAAAAGGAUCCCCUUCACUGCAACAAACCAUUGACCGACCAUCAGUCAUUUCAUUCCCAUCACCAAUAUCAAAAGACAGUCUCAUAGGAUUAUCAUUUCGGCCUGGAUCUUAUACAACUCUCCGGAAGCAAUCAUUGGGAAAAUCCUACAGUAGCAAUGGAACAGCAAAUGAACUCGAGAGCCAGAGAGGGAGCCACACCAAAGCUGGGAGAACUGUGAGUUUUGAAACACCAUUUUCAAAAGCUCUUGAUGAACUUCAAGCAAUUCAUCUAACUGAAAAGACAAGUGCUAUUGGGUUCCAAGCUGGAGCAAUGAGAGGGUCCCUCCGCUCAUCCAGUUCAGCUUCACAAAGACGUAGGAUAAGCUCUAGCCCAUUUGAGUGACUUAUCUGGAUAUCAUUUAAAUAGCAAAACAUUUUUUUCACUUUUUGGUUUCAAUCAAAGAUCAAGAUUUUCCCCUUGAUCAUGUUAAGUGAAAAGAAUGUUUUGGCAUCAAGUGUUACAGUGGAUACUUUCUACCACCUCAAUAACUUAAUACUAGUGCCCUUUCCUACAUGAAUUUCUAUGAGCCUCAAAAAGCCUUACAAUUCAAUUUUUUGAAUAUCAUUCAACAUAUUCUUAUUAUGUUUAA